AUAAAGGCUAGCAACUAAUUACAUAUAUGAUGGCCGAUCAUUUGGACGAACCGCCACAAAAGCGGGUCAAAAUGGAUCAAACGGAUCUGUAUUUUCUGGAAGACAAUCUACCGGAUGAGCUGGUGUCUUCCAACAGUGGAUGGUCGGAUCAACUGACCACUGGUGGUGGUGGCGGCGUUAGCGUUGUAUCCACAGCAACCGGUGUCGGCGCUGGUGGACCAAACAAACCACCUACUCAGGGACCUGGUCCAGGCGUAGUGCCACCACAAAUGAACGGAGCCGGUGGCGGCGGUGACGAUGGCAGCGGUAAUGGCGGUAGUGGCGCUGCCGGUAGUCAACUGCGUCAACUGCAGCAUCACCAUCUGCAACAGUUGCUGCAACAUCAGCAGCAGGGAAAUAAAGGUGCCGGUGGCGGCAUGGUUGUGCCUGGCAUGAAUCAACUGGGUAGCAAGUCGCCCAACCUGCAAUCGCCCAACACUGGUAUGCAAGUAGCGACACAGAUGGGCAUGGUCAACUCAAUGUCCAUGUCCAUAUCGAAUAAUGGCAACAACGGUAUGAACUCCAUACCAGGCAUGAAUAGCAUUGCACAGAGCAAUCUGGGCAACAUGGUGCUGACGAAUAGUGGCGGCAUGGGUACCAUUGGCGGCGCCGGCCUGGUCAACACACUGAAACAGCCAGGUGGGGCUUCCAUGAUGAACGCCGUUCCCGGAUCGGUGGGUGUCAGUUCUGUGUCUGGUGCAGCGCCUAGUCAGGGCAUGCAUAUGCAAAAUGGACCUAUGAUGGGGCGUAUGGUUGGACAGCAACAUUUGCUGCGUGGCCCGCAUUUAAUGGGCGCUGGAGCAGGCGGUGGUAAUGGACCGGGUGGUGUUGUUGGUGCCGGCGGCGGUCCUCGGAUGCAAAAUCCAAAUAUGCAGCUGGGCCAAAUCAAUAAUAUGCCUUAUGGAGUCGGCAACUAUGGUGCACCAGGCAACAACAAUACGCAGCAGCAGCAACAGCUACUUGCUCAGCAGAUGGCGCAGCGCGGUGCCGGUAGUGUCGUUGCGCCCAAUAUGAGCGCCGGCAUGCCGCAGGGAAACCGACCUAUUGGUACAGUUGUGCCCAUGCCCAAUAUGGGCGGAGAUGGUGCGCCACCAGGCGCAGGUGGACUUGUUGGUAAUCCUCAGCAGCAGCAACAGCUGGCAGCAGCGAAUGCACAAAUGAAUUCCCAGCAGCAACAGCAACCACCGGGCGUGCAACAGGGCGCACUGGGGCCACGCGCACCGCAACCAAACCAACUCUUAGGACAUUCUCAGCAACAACAACAACAGCAGCAGCAGCCAGGAACAUCUCAACAGCAAACAAUAGUAUCGGGAGUGGCUUCAUCCGUUAGCGUAGCGGCUCCAGCGCCGGGCAGCAUGUCGGAUGAGCGGAAGAAGCAAAUACAGCAACAGCUCAUGCUAUUGCUGCAUGCCCAUAAGUGUAACAGGCGCGAGAACAUGAAUCCCAACCGCGAAAUCUGCAGUGUGAACUAUUGCAAAGCCAUGAAAGCUGUAUUGGCGCAUAUGGCAACGUGUAAGCAGAGCAAGGACUGUACCAUGCAGCACUGCACUUCGUCGCGACAGAUACUGCUCCACUACAAAACCUGCCAGCGCUCCGAUUGUAUCAUAUGUUACCCAUUUCGACAGAACGGCGGGGGAGGAGGUGCAGCUGGGGCGCCAAAUGCAUCACCUUUACAGCAACAACAACAGCAGCAACAACAGCAGCAGCAGCAGCAACAGCAGCAGCAGCAACAGCAACAACAACAACAGCAACAACUACCGCAGGGCCAACAGCAGGUUCCGCAAAAUCCGUCCGGCGUAGGGGUCGGAGUUGGUGUUGGUGGUGUUGGGGUCGGCGUAGAUAGCAAACAAGUGGCGCAGAGCGCUGGAACUUGCGGCGCACAAAAUACGGCAAUUGUUUUGCCGCAGCAGCAGGCGCCCGGCGCGACCAAUGUGCCCAAGAGUAAUACAGACAUGGCACAGCAACAGCAGCAGCAACAACACCAACAGGUGCAACAACAAGAGCUGCGACGAUUUGAGGGGGUUGGCAGCAUAGGCCAGGUUGGACCGGUCACAGCUGGCAUGCUGGGAGCACAAGGCAUGACACCUGGUAUAAGGUUGCAGGGCGCACCAUCGGUGCGUGUGCUUGGCGUGCAGCCUGGUCAGCCAGGUGGUGCAAUAUCUGGCGUAGUGCCAGUACCUGUGCCUGUGCCCGGACAAAACGUUUUGCCCGGAGCCAACGACGUUAGCAGUCUACAGCAGCAGCAGGCGCAGGCCGCACAGCAGAGUGGACAAUUGAUGCUGCAGGGUUGCAAUACUGGCAGUGGACGCAGGCGCGCGCUUCCCAAUAUGGUAGAGCAGCAGCCCAAUGCGCAACAACAGAAUGUGCAACAGCAACAGCAGCAAUUGGGCAACAUUCCAGCGCCAUUGUCCGUCAACGUUGGCUUUAACAAUGCCAAUUUCGUUGGCGUCGGCGACAAGCAACAGCAACAAUUAGUUGGCCAGUCUGAUCAAAUGACCAAGCUUAAAUUGCUGGCUCAAGCGCGGGCGCAUAUGAAUGUCGUCUCAGCUGGGGCGCCCGGCACUGGUAACAGUGCAUCUGGUGCUAGCGUAUUGAUGCCGGCGGAUACAACAGGGGGUGCCAACAGUACAUCAACUGGUUCGAAUGCAUCGGGCACUGGAGCAGGAGGCGCUGGCGGUGCUGGUGGAGCAGGCGGUGGGGCGCCUGGCAGUGGCAGCGACAACGAGAAAGACUGGCGAGAAUCGGUGACUGCAGAUUUGCGCAAUCAUUUGGUACACAAACUGGUGCAAGCGAUCUUUCCGACAUCGGAUCCAACUACAAUGCAGGACAAGCGCAUGCAUAAUCUCGUCUCGUACGCUGAGAAAGUGGAAAAAGAUAUGUAUGAGAUGGCCAAAUCGCGUUCUGAGUACUAUCAUCUGCUGGCCGAGAAGAUCUACAAGAUACAAAAGGAACUGGAGGAAAAGCGUCUCAAGCGCAAGGAGCAACACCAACUGCAAAUGCUACAAAUGCAACAAGGCGGUCCCAACAGCGGGGUUGUUAAUCCAACGUCGGUGGCCAACAAUUCGCUUCAACAACAGCCGGGCCAGGGUGUGCGUCCCAUUAUUAGUCCAAUGGGCGGUGGCGGCGGCGUAGGCGGGGGUCCGAGUGGUAUGAUGCAACAACAGAUGCGUCCCCAGGCUCCAGGAAUGGGCGGCGGUGUCAGCCAGCAGCAGCAGACGGCGGCCGGUCAACCGAACAUGGUGGCUGUAGCGGAUAGCAUACGCAGUCAUUCACCCGGCGGAAAUAUGCUCGCGGUACAGCAGCAGCAACGUAUGCAAUUCCCGCAACAGCAGCAGCCUGGUCAGGGCAAUAUGUUGGUUGGACCGCCAGGUCCAAGUCCAGGCGGAAUGGUGGCUAAUCCAGUUCUGUCGCCAUUUAACACGCAGCAGACAAUGCAAUCGGCUACGUCAGUGGGCGGUGGCCCGGGCAUAUUAACGAGUCCGGUGCCCGGGCAGCAACAACAGCAGCAGUUCAUAAAUGCCAAUGGCAGUUCCGGUGCACAGAAUCCUCAGAUAAGCGAGAUUAUGAAACAGCGUUUGCUGCAGCAACAUCAACAGCAAACGAACGCAGCCAUGCUAUUACCGCAGUCUCCCUACAGCAACGCCACGCCUAUUCAACAGCCACAACAACAACAACAACAACAGCAACAGCAGCAGACGAAUGCGUUUAGUUCGCCGAUGCAACAAAAGACUCAGCCACCUGGUAGUGUGCUUAACAAUAUGCCACCAACGCCCACCAGCUUGGAUGCUUUGAAUGCGGGAGCAGCUAGUGCAGGCGCUGGUAGUAUUGGUGGUGGCACUGUGGCUGCUCCAAGUCCAUCGCCGAGCUUCAUGUCCAAUGGACCAAUUGGCACGCCAUCGAACAAUCCGCCCUCUGUCAGCAGUCUAAUGCAGCCGUUGAGUAAUCGUGCAGCAACUCCGCCAUAUAUACCUACCUCGCCUGUGCCGGCAACGAGCGCUUCAGGAUUAACAGCCAGCAGUACGCCCGCAUCAGCAGCAGCUACUUGCUCCAACAGCGGAAGUGGCAGCAACAUCAGCAGUACCAGCAACUCGGCAGUCACAACGACAACGGUUACAACAGCGGUCACGACUCCACUGAGCUGUGCAUCGUCAUCAGGAGCAACACCAACAUCGACGACAACUUCAACAAGCGGCAAUGGCAGCUCAACGCCAGCGAGCAGCACCCUGCUGCAGAUGGCGCGCAGCAAUAUCGAGAACAGUGCUCCUGGCCGUGUGAUGAGCAGCUCGAGCAGUUUAUCAUCACAGAUGGCGGCACUGGAGGCGGCGGCACGUGAUAACGACGAUGAAACGCCAUCGCCGGCUGGCGCAAACGAUACGAAUGGAAGUAAUGGUGGCAGUGGUGGAAUGUCAUCAAAGGGUAAACUGGACUCCAUCAAACAGGAGGACAUCAAAAAGGAGUUCAUGGACGACAGUUGCGGGGGCAAUGGCGACAGCUCACAAAUGGAUUGCUCGACUGGUGGCAAAGGCAAGAAUGUCAACAACGACGGCACCAGCAUGCUGAAAAUAGAAAUAAAAUCCGAGGAUGGGGUUUGUGAUGUGAAAACUGUGAAGUCUGACCCAAUGGAUGUGGAUGAAUCGGCUGUUUCCAGCGGCAUUGCUGGUGGCGCCAACGGUGAUAGAAAGAUAGGUGUGGGUGGAGUCGAUAGCAAGGACGACAUAAAAGGGGCCAUCGACGGCGUUUCCUCGGGACUGCCAUCGGAUAUCAAAAUCAAAUCCGAGACGAAACCCCAUGUUCCUGAACCACUAGCACCCAACGCUGGAGACAAAAAGAAGAAAUGCCAAUUCAACCCGGAAGAGCUGCGCAGUGCACUGAUGCCCACGCUGGAUAAGCUGUACCGUCAGGAGCCGGAGUCGGUGCCAUUUCGUUAUCCAGUCGAUCCACAAGCGCUGGGUAUACCCGACUACUUUGAGAUUGUUAAGAAGCCAAUGGACCUGGGCACCAUUCGCAGCAACAUAUUGAAUGGCAAAUACAGUGAUCCCUGGGAGUACGUGGACGAUGUGUGGCUAAUGUUCGACAAUGCGUGGCUCUACAACCGCAAGACAUCGCGUGUUUACCGUUACUGCACAAAGUUGUCGGAGGUGUUUGAAGUUGAGAUAGAUCCUGUGAUGCAGGCGCUGGGCUAUUGCUGUGGCCGCAAGUACACGUUCAAUCCGCAGGUGCUAUGCUGCUAUGGCAAACAGUUGUGUACGAUACCGCGCGAUGCCAAAUACUACAGCUACCAAAACAGUCUAAAGGAAUACGGUGUCGCCUCAAAUAGAUACACGUUCUGCCAAAAGUGCUUUAAUGACAUUCAAGGAGAUACUGUUCCUUUGGGCGAGGAACUGCAGUCCCAAACGCAAAUCAAGAAGGAUCAAUUUAAAGAGAUGAAGAACGAUCACUUGGAACUGGAGCCCUUUGUCGACUGUCAGGAGUGCGGACGCAAGCAGCAUCAGAUCUGUGUGCUUUGGCUGGAUUCGAUAUGGCCGGGCGGCUUUGUGUGUGAUAAUUGUUUGAAGAAGAAAAAUUCCAAACGAAAGGAGAACAAAUUCAAUGCGAAGCGUUUGCCCACCACCAAGCUGGGCGUCUACAUCGAGACGCGCGUAAAUAAUUUCCUAAAGAAAAAGGAAGCUGGUGCUGGUGAGGUGCACAUACGUGUGGUAUCCUCAUCGGACAAGUGUGUUGAGGUAAAGCCGGGCAUGCGACGUCGAUUUGUUGAGGGCGGGGAGAUGAUGCAAGACUUCCCAUAUCGGGCGAAGGCCUUAUUUGCCUUUGAAGAAGUGGAUGGCAUUGAUGUCUGCUUCUUUGGCAUGCACGUCCAGGAAUACGGGUCCGAGUGCCCGGCGCCAAAUACGCGACGCGUGUAUAUUGCUUACCUUGAUUCAGUGCAUUUCUUUCGACCGCGACAAUAUCGCACGGCAGUUUAUCAUGAGAUUCUGUUAGGCUACAUGGACUACGUGAAACAGCUGGGCUAUACGAUGGCACACAUUUGGGCGUGUCCGCCUUCUGAGGGCGAUGACUAUAUAUUUCAUUGUCAUCCGACAGAUCAGAAAAUACCCAAGCCGAAGCGCUUGCAGGAGUGGUAUAAGAAGAUGCUUGAUAAGGGUAUGAUUGAGCGCAUUAUACAGGACUAUAAGGACAUACUUAAACAGGCCAUGGAAGAUAAGCUUGGUUCGGCCGCGGAAUUGCCCUACUUUGAGGGUGACUUUUGGCCCAACGUGCUUGAGGAGAGCAUUAAAGAGCUUGACCAGGAAGAAGAGGAGAAGCGUAAACAAGCCGAGGCCGCCGAAGCAGCUGCUGCCGCUAAUCUUUUUUCAAAUGAUCUGCAGCUCUUUUCUAUUGAGGAUAACGAGGUUAGUGGCGAUGGCAAAAAGAAAGGCCAAAAGAAGGCCAAAAAGUCUAAUAAAUCCAAAGCAGCACAGCGUAAAAAUAGCAAAAAGUCCAAUGAGCAUCAGUCUGGCAAUGAUUUGUCCGCCAAGAUUUAUGCUACAAUGGAAAAACACAAGGAGGUCUUCUUUGUUAUACGUUUACAUUCUGCCCAAUCAGCAGCAAGUCUGGCGCCUAUUCAAGACCCCGAUCCGUUGCUGACCUGUGAUCUAAUGGAUGGACGUGAUGCAUUCCUUACACUUGCCCGCGACAAGCACUACGAAUUCUCAUCGUUGCGACGUGCACAGUUCUCCACCUUAUCAAUGUUGUACGAGCUGCACAAUCAGGGCCAGGACAAGUUCGUCUAUACCUGCAACAACUGUAAGACGGCAGUAGAGACGCGCUAUCACUGCACCGUUUGUGAUGACUUUGAUCUCUGCACGGUAUGCAAGGAGAAGGUUGGACAUCCACACAAGAUGGAAAAACUGGGCUUCGAUCUGGAUGACGGCUCGGCGGCGGCUGAUAUUAAGCAGGCAAAUCCACAGGAGGCACGCAAACAGUCCAUUCAACGAUGCAUUCAAUCCCUGGUGCACGCGUGCCAGUGUCGCGAUGCCAAUUGCCGUUUGCCUUCGUGUCAAAAGAUGAAGCGUGUCGUCCAGCAUACAAAGAACUGCAAGCGAAAGACCAACGGUGGCUGUCCCAUAUGCAAACAGCUUAUCGCCCUAUGCUGCUACCACGCCAAACACUGUCAGGAGCAAAAGUGUCCAGUGCCUUUCUGUCCCAAUAUUAAGCACAAACUUAAACAGCAGCAGCUGCAACAAAAAUUGCAACAGCAGCAACUACUUCGUCGCCGCGUCGCUCUUAUGUCGAGAACCGCAGCUCCUGCUGCAUUACCCGGGCCGGCAGUUAGCGGGCCUGUGGUGGCAAGUGGUGCAGUUGGUGUUGGUGGCCCAGUUGUCGGAAUGUCUGGUGUGGCAGUUAGCCAGCAGGUGAUGUCAGGGCAAGCUGCCAUUCUGCCAGCCAGUGGCGGUGGCAUGAGUCCAUCCACUGUGACGGUACCGUCACCGGUAUCUGGUGCUGUUAUGGCCGGUAUGACAUCGCCACAUCCGCACCAACCAGGCAUUGGCAUGAAGCCUGGUGGUCACUCGCCGUCGCCCAAUGUGUUGCAAGUGGUGAAGCAAGUGCAGGAGGAGGCAGCCCGCCAACAGGUGCCUCAUGGUGGAAGCUUUGGCAAAGGUGUGCCAAUGGCUCCGCCUGUCAUGCAACGACCAAUGGGAGUGGGUGUAUCAAACCAAGGCGCUAUGGGCGGAAUGGUCGCCAGUGUGGGCGGCAAUCAGCUUGCUGGAAAUGUCGGCGUAGUGCCAGGCGGUGGACAAUUGCCCAGCGGGGCAAACUGUAACAAUAUUUUGAACGCCAAUAAUCUGCUGCCUUUGGAACAGUGGGGCGGAGGUGGCGGUCCCGGGCAACAGCGCUAUACCAACAAUGCGCCCAAUCAGCCAGGCAUGCGUCAGCCCAAUCAGCUAAUGCAGCAGAAUAUACAACAACAGCAAAUGAUGGGCAUGCCACCUAAUCAGCUGGGCGUCGGAGUUGGAGUGGGAGUUGGAGUUGGAGCUGGUCAGAUGCCCGUAGUUGGCACUGGUGUGAACAUGGGCGGCGGUGGAGCGCCUCAUGGCAUAGGCUUGGGAGCACAAAUCGGUGCCGCAGCCUCUGGCGGCGGUGUACGACCACCCGGAGCUCAAGGCGUGGGCGGUGGUGGAGCUGGCGGAGCGGGGCCGAACAUGGGAAAUGGCCCGCCCCUCAACACGCAAACACUGGCCCAGAUCAUGCAGAAGAUCAAGAACAAUCCAACAAAUGAGAGCAACCAGCACAUACUCAGCAUACUGAAGCAAAACCCACAGAUUAUGGCGGCCAUCAUAAAACAGCGCCAGCAGAGCCAGAUAAAUGCUGCCGCUGGCGGAGCUGGGGGCCCGGGAGGCGCACUGCAGGCUGGCAAUGGACCACAAACACCGCAGCAGCAGCAACAACAGCAGCAGGUCAUGCAGCAGCAGCACAUGCAGCAUAUGAUGAAUCAACAGCAACAGGGACCUGGCCCCGGACCUCAGCAAAUGGGGCCCGGCCAGCAGCAGCAAGUCAGCUUAAUGCAGGCAGCGCAACAGCAGCAACAGGGACCUCCGCAUCAGCGCAUGGCCAACAUGCAGAAUACGGCAAUGAUGCUGCCAAAUUUGCCGCCAGGCUCUCAAGGAGGCAUGGUUCCCAACCAAAACUGGAAUAAAAUGCGCUAUAUGCAAAUGAAUCAAUAUCCGCCUCCAUAUCCACAACGCCAGCGCGGCCCACACAUGGGUGUUGCUGGACAGCCGCCAUUUCCAGGUGGCACCGGUGGCAACUUUAAUGCCGGAGGCGGUGGAAACGUUACCGGAUUACCAGUAGCCGGUGCAACUGUGGGUAGCGGUGCGUCCGGCCCCGGUUCUGACCAAUACUCUAUGGCUAAUGCAGCUGCCUCCAACAUGUUGCAACAGCAGCAAGGCGGCGGCGGCGCUGGUGUUAAGCCCGGUCCGCAACAGCAACAACAGCAGCAGCAACAGCAGAUGGGUGUUAUGCCACCAGGUAUGCAGCAACAACAGCCUAUGCAGCAGCAACAACAGCAGCAGCAAAUGAUGCAGGUUGUCGCCGCUGGUGGUGGCGGCAUGAGCAACGCAAAUCCUCAAAAUACGCUGGCUGGUGGCGGUGGUGGGCCUAGCGGACCCGGUGCAAAUGUGAUGGGUCCGCCAACACCACAUACGCUGCAGCAGCAGCUUAUGCAGUCGGCACGGUCCUCCCCACCAAUACGGUCGCCACAGCCAACGCCCUCGCCGAGAUCAGCCCCGUCUCCACGCGGACCGUCUGCAUCACCUCGUGCGCAGCCCUCGCCACAUCACGUCAUGAGCAGUCAUUCACCUGCGCCUCAAGGACCACACGAUGGCCUGCACAAUCAUAGUAUGCACCAUCAGUCGCCGCUGCCGGGUGUGCCCCAGGAUGUAGGCGUAAGUGGAGUCGGCGUCGGUGUUGGGGUCGGAGUUGGCGUUAAUGCCGGAAACGUGGGCAAUGCUGGUGGCUCUCUGCCCGAUGCCUCUGAUCAGCUGAGCAAGUUUGUGGAGCGGCUCUAGUGCAACAACAAUGCCAAUGGCAUAGGCAACGACUCCAAUAGCAACAGCAACAGCAACAGCAACAUC